AUGGCAAUCCCAAAAACAUCUUCACACACUCGUUCACUCAGUUUGCCAUCCACAUCUCAUCCACUUGAUUCAAGCAUACAAAUUAACUUAUGUAAGCUUAGGGCCUCACAAGCAGAGCCCUCGUCUUCAUCGAUAUGCGAAAACAUGUGCAGCAUAAAGGACUUGUAUGAGCAAAUGAACAUUAUGAUUCAUUUACCACAUAACCAACAACUUCUUUCUGAUGAACAUCACAGGAAAGAUGUCGAAGAGAUUCUCAAUGGAUCUCUUGCAUUGUUAGAUGCUUCUAGUUCUGCACUUGAUGCACUAUCCCAAAUGAAAGAAUCUAUUCUAGAAAUCAAAUCAGCUCUUCGUAGAGGAAUUAACGAUGAAGGUGUUCAUGUAUAUUUGAUGUCGAGAAAGAAGAUUUGCAAGGCAGUCUCUAAAUGCCUUGGGAAUAUGAAGAAAACUGAGAAAAACUGUCUGACACAACCUGAAAAUGUCUCCAUUACAGUAUUAAUGCUAAAAGAGGCAGAGACAACCAGUCUCUUUACAUUGAAGUCCCUUUUCUCGUAUGUCAUUGGGAAGAAGGCCGCCUCUCAGACACGGGGCUGGUCCUUGGUUGCAAAAUUUGUGAAGUCUAAACAUGCAUAUCUCGAUGCAGAAAACGAUAGCGAAGUAGUAUACAUUGAUCGUGCCCUCAGUUCUCUUUCAGAAAACAAUUCAAAGGUAGUGCUAAGGCAAGUAGAGUUAUUAGAAAUGGCUAUCCUUGACCUUGAGGAUGCCUUGGAGUCUAUCUCUAGAUGCUUUGUUAGAACAAGAGUUUCCCUUCUCAAUGUACUCAAUCUUUAG